CUCGGCGGGCGCGGCGGGUGCAGUGCCGGCGCGGCGCCGCAGGGGCGCUGCCGAGCAGCGGAGCGCAGCCUGGCCUCGGCGCUGCGGGGCGCGCUGGCGAUCACAGCGCUCUGCACCGCGCUGGCCGAGCCCGCCUGGCUGCGCAUCCACGGCGGCACCUGCGCCCGCCAGGAGCUGGGCGUGGCCGACGUGCUGGGCUUCGUGCAGCCCGAGCUGCUGCGAGAUUUCUGCAUGAACCCGCAGACGGUGCUGCUGCUCCGGGUCAUCGCUGCUUUCUGCUUCCUGGGCAUCCUGUGCAGCCUGGGCGCGUUCCUGCUCGACGUCUUCGGGCCCAAACACCCGGCCCUGAAAAUCACCCGGCGCUACGCCUUCGCCCACAUCCUCACAGUCCUGCAGUGCGCCACGGUGAUCGGGUUCUGCUACUGGGCCUCGGAGCUGCUCCUGGCGCAGCAGCAGCAGCACAAGAAGUACCACGGCUCCCAGGUGUUCGUCACCUUCGCCGUCAGCUUCUACCUGGUGGCCGGCGCGGGCGGCGCCUCCAUCCUGGCCACGGCGGCCAACCUGCUGCGGCACUACCCCAGCGAGGAGGAGGAGCAGGCCCUGGAGCUGCUCUCCGAGAUGGAGGAGGCCGAGCCCUACGGGCCCGACUACGAGGUGGUCAACCAGUUCCAGCCGCCGCCCGCCUACACGCCCUGAUGGCGGCCGGCGCCGCGGUGGCCGCCGCGGUGGCGCUCA